AUGAAAUUUUUAAUAAUCUUAAUCACUUUGCUUCUCGAAACUAUUUGCUAUGAUUCGAAAUUUCGUCUGAGUCAUCGAGAAAAUGAAAUUCGAUAUGGUAGUUGUGGUGAACCGAUGGCUGAACCACUUUGGCUUGCAUCAUUAUAUACUCACGAUACAUACGAAACCAAACUGUCUGAAAUGAAGAAACCACCAAAAUCCAGAUAUUCUCAAGUACACACUACUACUCCGAUUGAUAAGAGUCCACUCACUACACAAACCAGCACACAAGUUUCAGUUAACACUUCAUCAGAUUCUAGUAAAACAUCUGAUAAUUCGACAGUUUCUACAGGAACAGCUGUAACUGAAACACCUACGAAGAAACGUGAAAUAACUACUGAAAUUCCACCAACAAAUGCAGUGUUCAUUUCUCAAACACAUGUUCUCACAUCAUCAUCUUGGUUCAUAAAAUGGAAAAAGUCGAAGCAUACAGAAAGAUCAAAGUCAGAUUCAUCGCAGGAGAAAGAGUCAGGAAAGUGGACAUGGAAGUCUGACGAAACGCCUGUCAAUAGCUCAAUUUGUGAAACAGACAGAAGUGCAAACUAUCAUACUAAUGGUAUGAAUUUCCGUGUUUUGGACAGCAGACAACAAUGGAAAAAGGUCGAAGAAAUACAUUUCCUCCGAUACUGUGAGUUCGUAACUAGCCAAGUUGGAUUUUUGACGCUAUUAGUUGUGAAUCGAAGUGUUAUGUCUGUACCAGUUGUAUGUCUUCCAAAAGACAAAAAUAAAAUACGCCUGGAUCGAACAGGAGUGUUUGGAAACGAGAGAGAUCACACCUUUGUCGAUUCGGUGAGGAAAUGAGAAAUGACCAAUGAAGCAUUUUUUUUUUCACAAAUGGUGAAUCAUGCAUAUUCAUUCGAGGAGCUCCGUUAGUUAAACCCGACUCAUUUGAUAUUGAUCGACUUAUUGGAAUUGGAGUUUUAGAAAGCACCGAGACUCUGAAACUGUUUCGAUUUCAUUUGGUUCACGAAUAUAUGGACGAAAUGUGCAAGAUAAUGGGGAUUUGUAGAAGAAAAAUGAGAAUAAUCGGACAUACACCAAAUGCCAAUGACAAAUAUGUGAAAGAAACACAGGAUGAUGAUUAUGUGAAUACAAUUGAAGAACCUGAGAUUUUGGAUUAUAGGAGGCAAAGUUCCAAUUUUUAUAUCAUCUUGAUAUUUGGAUUAGCUUUCUUGGAGUACCUAUUGUGAACUGAAAAUGGACGUUUUAAUAAAUUGUUCAACAAAACCUUCAAA